UGCCUGAAGCUUGUUUAUUACAUGUUUAUUGUGUAGCAGAGAAGGUAUGAGGUAGUGAUUGUGAGGAUCGUAGUAAUACAAAGUGGAAUAAUGCAGUGGUCCGAGAAAGAAUUUCAAGACAAAAAGAAACGGAUACUCAGCAGUGCCGAUCUAAGUCGCAAAGGUAGUGUGGACAGUGACAUUGUUGAACUUGUUGAUUUUAUCAACUCUCACAACCAAUAUGUUACAACAAGUUCGUGUUCAGGCCGCUUGAUCGUCUUUUGUGAGGUGCCGUCAAUGGGAAACAGUAAAGAAGGAUGCAAGUGGUUGUACACAACCCAUGAUGACAUCGAUAUGGAGGAUAUGAUGAGUAAGCUCGACCCAGCUGUGGGAGAUCUCGUGCUUAAAUUUGAGCCGAUGAUUCUUCAUGUACAAUGUCAUACGAUAGAAGACGCAAAACAUUUGCAUACUUGUGCCCUGGAAUCAGGCUUCCGCAACACUGGAGUCACAAUUGGUCACAGAGGAAAAGUCAUGCUGGCAAUACGUAGCUGCUUAAACUUAGAAGUUCCACUUUCUCAUGCUGGGAAACUAUUAGUCUCUGAAGAGUAUCUAAAAUUCCUUACUAGUAAAGCCAGUGAGAAGAUGAAGGAAAAUAAACGAAGAACCAUGAAUUUUUUCUCAAAAAUUAAAAACAUCAAAGAGAAAGAAAUUGUGAGAACGGAAGUACUGAAUUUCUAACGACAAUUUGCUUCUCUGAAACCCAGCUGAUUACUUCAGCUGCAGACCUUGCCUUGGAAACAGAUUUUUUUUGAAGACGUAGUGACUGGAAUUCCAUCUACUCAGCCACAAUAAGACAACUGAGCUCCAAUAAAUAAGCAGUGGCAUUGAUGCACAAGUAACUGAAGUAAUGUCAAGUCAGAAGAUUUGAUUGAGACUGUGAUCUAUGCAUAAUGUAUCUAUUUUAUAAUAUAAGGAGGGAAAUGCUGUAAUAGCAAGUUAUCAAGAAAACGCCUCUAUGACAUUACAAGGGCAAGUUUUCACAACAAGGAUUACAUUUUUAGGAUUGAAAUAAUGCAGCACAGCUCAUUUAUCGCCUCAAACAACGAAGGAAACUCCAUGAAGAAGAAACUGUCCCUUUACUGUAGUGAUGGUUGUCAGAGUAAUUAAAAUAUCUGCCUAUAGUUUCUUAUGUUUGAAAUGUGUAUUUUGUGUAAUAAAACACCAGUUUUUGUUCA